CAAGAUUUCAUAAACGAAGCAAUGAAAUACAAGACUUAUAUCAUAAAUCAUAUUAACAACAUUAUCAAUAAAAAUGAACUGGAUAACUCAUUAGCACCGGUGUUGGACACAAAUAUACAAGUUUUUGACACCAAUGCCCUGAGACGUGAAGAUCUUAGACUUCUUAUCGGCACUAAAGAUGUCAUCAAAAGUGAUGAAUUGCUACAAGACUUGGAUGAGGAAUCGUCGGGAGAUUAUGAACCGAUAGUGAAACCAAAAGCGAGAGAUUUCAAUGAGAAACGAGUUGUGAAUAUAAAACCAGCAGGGUUUCAAUGGGAUCAUAUUAGUGAAAGGGAUUGGGUUCACUAUAAGUUUGAGAAGUCAUACCUACUCAUCAAUAGCACGGUUACUAAACACGAGGCCGAGGAGUUGUGCCAUACCUUCAAUGGGAAGCACAGGGAUGAGGAGAUAACAUUAGCCGUUCCCAUAUCAUCGGGUGAACAGCAGUUUAUCAAUAGAUACCUGUUUGACAUCAAACACGUGUCAAAGGAUGUAUGGAUCGGACAAAACCCAUACAACUAUAAUAAACACAACAAGAAAAGCGCUGGUAGUCCGAGAUACCAGCCCUACGAGAACUGGGCUAAGGGUAGGCCGUCGUUGACAAAGCCGUGCGUUCAGAUCAGGUCGCCGUUCAACGUGUUUGGAGAUCUGGACCGAAGUGUAGGCGCUAAAUGGGAGGACGUGUCGUGUUUUAGGCGUAAUCUGGUUUUGUGUGAAAGACCGCAACAUUGGACUCAACAGAGAUUUAUUAGAGUGGCUCAGGAGUUGCAAAGGGAACUGGAU